CCAACAGUUGAGUUUUAGUCAAAGUCAGAAGCGGCAUCUAGUCUCUUUUCUUUCCAGACUUCAAGAUGUUUGCAACAAUGCUGAAGAUACUUCCCGUUCUAACCACCCUUGCAGGUCUCGGUGUCAGCAGCGUCGUGGUGACCGUUCCGCAGAAGACGGUGAACGUCACUACAGGCGGAAACGCAACUCUCCUCUGCACAUACGCGAGCUCUGAGCCACUGGAAAAUUUCUUCAUUCAGUGGAGUUUUUACAGUGCCAGAGAGAGCCAACUGCAUACACAUUCCCCGUGUGGCUAUAUUCAGAGUAUGGAUGAAAAGUCAGUCAGUCAUUGUCAAAAGAUGGUGUAUGUGACAGAUGCACGGGGAAGAUGUAGCUGGACGCACAAGAUCUAUUAUUAUUCAGGAGGAGAGUCUUAUUCCUAUGGAGAAUUUAAGAACAGGAUCAAAGCUGCAACAGGUCCAGGGAAUGCCUCAAUAACAAUCUCCAACAUGCAGCCCUCAGAAACUGGUUCUUACACCUGCGAAGUUUUCAGUCCACAAGGUGAUGCUGGACAGAGCCAAAAAUCAGUGAUUCUCAACGUGCUGGUCAAACCAUCAAAGCCUUUCUGCAAAAUAGAAGGAACAGCUGAGAAAGGCCAUCUAAUCUCUCUCGCGUGCACAUGUGAAGAAGGAUUGCCUCAGCCUACUUACCGCUGGUAUAGAGUAGAUGAGAACACCCUCAAGCCUGUGACUGAACAAUUUAAUCCAAAAACUGGGGUUCUUAUCAUCGGCAAUCUCACCACCUUCGAAACCGGUUAUUACCAGUGCAUAGCCAGCAAUGUCCUGGGGAACAGUACCUGUGAGCUUGACCUAACCACAAAGCAUUCAGAUGGUGGUAUUGUUGCUGGAGCAUUAAUUGGAGCAAUUGUGGCAGGUCUUAUCAUUUGCAUUAUUGUUUGGGUCUUAACCAAGAGGGAAAAGAAAAAGAAAAAGAAGUCAUCGAGUAAUGAAAUGCAAGUAAUGACUCAGAAACAACCCAACGCAGAGUACGUUCAGGUACCUAAUGAAGAAAGCAUACCUGCAGCCACAGUUCCAUCAAGCAAUGCAACAAAUGAAUAUCCUACUCUUGAGGAAACAGCAGCCUCUGGGACACCUGAAAAUGAUGAGAAGCAAGAAGUGGAAAAAGAGGAAACAGCCUAGAAUUUUAAUACAGUUUUCCUUGUCAGCUUUGGACACCUUUAUAAAAAAAUAUAGUUGUCAUUGAAUUAGCAUAGCAGCGUGACCAAAAUUUAAACCUGCAUUUGUAUCAUGAACCACUGGGCAAAGGAUCCAUUACACAUGCAGUUUGUGAAUAGCAAACAUUUGGCCUUUAAAGUUAACCAAUUUUCAUUUAUUAUCUAGUAAUAUAAAAGUAUAAGCCUAAAAAGACUAUCAUCCCCAGUUAUCCAACCUAUUUUGCAAUACUGAUUAUAAAAUGGUUUUGAGCCUUGGACAAAGUAAGAGCUUUCCAGUCAACUAUUUGUAAUGCUGUGUGUAUCCAUAUAGUUCCGAACCACAGCAACCUUCCUCAGAAACAGCGUUGGCCAAUCUCAUGCUUCCUGUGCAGCGAGAACUACCAUCAUGACUAACACUUUGCAGUGUUUAAAGACCUGAUCUUGCACUUCAGAAGUCAACAGAAGUUUCAUCAGCGUCAUCAGUGGAUAGAAACAGAUUUUGAGGCCUGGUCCAAUGAAAUCUUGUGUGUCUGAAUUCCACUUAAAGUUGAAAAGAAAUACUGGAAACCUCUGCUCUGUUGCUGCCUAACAUGAGACACGCAUUGUUAACAGCGUCCUUCUUGGCUUUAAAGUUCCCAGGACACCAGAGUUCUAGAGAAGUGCGUUUCAGCAGCUCUGAUUUUCUCCAGUUUAAUGAAAUCAGUAGUUGGGUAUCCAGUUCAGACCUCGACUGACUGGUUUCCAGACGAUGGGAGCCAGACACUUAAAUCCCCUGCAAGGCUUGUUAUAAUAGGCAUGCAUAGCAUCAGAUUCCUCACGAAAUGCAGGUACAGCUGCUUUCAAAACUCAGAAAGGAGUAUUGCUACUGCCUACCAUAACACAUUAGCUUACAUCCCUCCCUUUUGCUUGAGAUGAUUCAAAUCUAGUUCCAGGCAACUGUCCUACCCACUAAGCAACAAACUCGUGCUCUUUCUGUCGGUCUCUUCAGCACAGUGUAACUUUUGGGUAUCUUCUAUAGGUGAAAGCUUCAAAAGGAAAGGUAAAUGGUGCAGCCACGCUGAGAGCCAACAGCUGAGCAGCGAGCACCCGCUGGAAGGGAGGACAGGGAAUUGAACCACAUACACUCCCAUCACUAGACACCUGUCUAAUAGCACACACACCCUCUUUGCUCGGGGCCCCCUUUCUAAGGAUAAGUCACUCCUGGCUCAGUUCUUCGAAAGGGCAAAGAUACCUAUUUUCGGGAGAGCUCAAGGCCAGCAGUGCUUCAGUGAAUACAGACACCCAUCCCCAGCAGCUCCCCUGCUGACUUGCACUAGGCAGGUACUUGCUGACAGAAGGGGACACGGGUUUCAAUCCCACGUGCUGCAGAGGAGAGUAUUUGACUCAGGGAUCUGGAAAUUUUGGGCACUUAGAGUCUUUUAUAGGAUCUUUUAUAGUUCAUCUGGUGACUGCUCCUAUUAGUUAUAUGCAGGAGUCAUUUUUAAAAUGGAAGAAUGUACCUGCACUGAACUUUUCAGGUUCAAUUUCUACAGCUAGAAGUAUGCGGCCACUCACUUGAGAAACAGAAGAUGAGGAUAGCAACAUUUAAAUAGCAUGUAAAAAGGACAGGAGGUCCUUAUUAAGUUUCGGUUCGGACAAUUAAGCUAACUGUAUUUGUUGUCCUUUCUACCCAGCUUUUUGGCUUUCACAGAUCUUUGAUGCAUGUGUCCUAGUGUUUAGCUUCAAUCAGGAGUAAAACAGUUUUUGCAAUAUUUUUCUAAUCUUCUUGUUUUAGCUGAAAACUGCCGAUCCCAGAUAGCGAGGGUCAAACCCUUACCAAUGCCAAUGUUACCACUUUCUACCAGAGCAUCCCCACGCUACCUUCUCUUCCAAAUAUCCAGGGUAAAGCUUAAGUCAUGACCUGUAUGCAAGUUUCUUCUUAAUCAGGCUUCUCUCUUACUGGCUCUUGUGAAAAUUAUACUAAGCAAAACCUGCAAACUUGGACCCUUAAACCUAGGUUUAGAAGCUUAAAGGAAGUUUCUUGUAUUCAUACCCAAAUACCUUUGUAAGCAUGAAAGAACUACAACUCUAACCAUGCUCAGCAACAGCAGGAGAAGAGGAAGUACAGCCCACUCCUAUUUGGGUGCCAUAUCUUAUCAAAGGUGUUUCUUAAUGAGGUAAUUCAAACGAAGUAUCAGACCAAGGGGGCCCACUACCUGGCUGGCAGUGUUAUUAGCUUUGAACAAUUGCCUCUCUGACAAUUCUAGGCAUUCUUUUACUCUUGCCCUUCAUGGAAAAUAUGUAUAAUUCUCUUCAUAACACUGCUGUAGUUAUAUCAUUUCCUCUAAAAAUAAUUCCUCAUAUAAAUGUCUUAAUUACAUUUUUAUUGCUGUGAAGUUUUACAAUUUUGAGGCCUCUGUAACAGCAUCAUCUUGAAUGAAGGGGGGGGGAAAUACAUUAUGUGGUCAUUGUCAUCAUUAAUCUUUCCUUAAUCUCACCUCCAAAAAUUUCUCUGCAUGCAUUCCUUAUAUAACUUAGUAAGCUAAUAUACAGGCUUAUGCCAGUGAAGAGGUAAUUACCUUCUACAGCUAAUAUAGUUCCUUUAAAUGUUCCUAGCGAGAAAAAAAAAGAGGGAAAAAAAAAAAGGAAAUUGCCCAAGUGAUGUUAAUGCUCCUAUAUAGAAGAAACAGACCAACUGAAUGGCAGUUCUUGACUAACAAUUCCUCCCUCACUUCCAACCACCAGUUUGCAAUAGAUAUUAUUAAAAAAAAAAAAAAAAACAAAAGCAAACCAGAUUGUUGGGGGUGCAGAAGGUACAGAAAAGAACAAAUACAGUUAUUUGAAGUUUCUUAACAUAUUGAGAUAUUUUUGUAAGCCUUCUGGCAGAUGUUUGUUCUCAUUAUGAAGUCUGUAUCAUGUAAAACAUAGUUUAUUAUAAAGGCUGAGGCACUGUUCCUAGCUCUCUACUGAUCUUCUUGGCAAAACACAAUAAAAUUAGAUACUGAUCUACGGUGUGUAGCUCAGAAACCCUGCAGAGCUGUGCAAGAUACAGAACUGUUUUUCAGAAUUUACCUCAGAUGUUUUGACAGUCUUUGCUGCACGGCCCAUUUAUUUCCUCCUGAGGGAGUACAGAUCAUUAAUAUGGAAAGCAAAUAUUAAGCCAACAUUCAAGCCACCCUCUCCAAGGGAAGGAAAGGAUUUCCAAAGAUAGAAAGUUCUGGCAGGCUUUUUUCGCUAUACAAAAACCAAGGAUCAACACAGUAUUCUACCUUCAACUUUUCUCAAUUCAAGUCUUCAGCAGUGCUUGCAUAAUAUAUAAGAAAAAACAUUUACUCAGUCAAGUUUCUUCUUCAAGCAAGGUCUGCAUGGCCAGAGCUUAAAACCUAGCUUUCUCCCUGUUCCCAAUAGGUACUCUCAGUGAAAUUAAACCUGCAUUUUGCUUUCUAGGAUAGACUUAAAGUAUUUGAUGAAGAUGUUUGUUUGGUUUUAAGUUUCUGUCUUGCUUAUUGAAAUAAAUCACAUUCUUUUAAUGCCUUUGUAGACAAGUCAGACUAUAGACACUGUCACCUGCUGUUUCAACCUUUCCUUGCAGCUGAAGAACAAACAUGUCCUGUUUCCAUACAGUGUAAUGGAUGGUAGUGUUUCAGCUGACUUGCUGUCAUCAUCACAAGCAUAAAAGUUAUUUAGAAAAUACUGGUUUUGUUACAUGUAAGUUUAAUAAAGUUUUAUAACACCAAA